UGGCAAAGUGAACUGAGAAGACUGGCAAAGAGAAUCCGAACAGUUACUUACAGUCCUAGGGGAAGGGGGGUGGAAAACUUCCGGGGUAACAGGGGGUUACCAAGCCAAGGAAAUUGGCCAAUCAGCAGCUUCCAUCUUACCCCGCCCCGAAACUUCUCACUAGGACCUCGUGGAAUCACUCAGAGGCUGAAGUGAAAAAGAGGCUUAAGUCACGGGUCAGCUCUUCCUCAUCAUGGCUGCUCCGUGCACCCUGUGCCUAACCCUGCUGGUACUGCUGACCACCCUGCUCCAACUCCACAUCGCCUCUGCAUUCUAUGUCCAAAUCGAUGCCCGUGGAGAGGAGUGUUUCUUCGAGGAAGGCAAAAGAGGAACCAGAAUGGCCCUCAGCUUUGAGGUGGUACAGGGCGGCUUCCUGGACAUCAACGUGGACGUCACAGGACCUUACAACGACCCUGUCUACCAAGUCAGAGAGAUGAGUGGUCGCUAUGCCUUUGACGUCUCCCAGGAUGGUUCCUACAAAUUCUGCUUCAGCAACCACAAGUCCAGCUUGACACCCAAGAUGGUCAUGUUCACAAUUGAUACCAGCCAGCCCCUGGAUACCUACCACGCCCGGUUGGAGGAGGAAAGUCUUCACUUUCAGCUGGAGGAGACAAUCAAGCAGCUGGCCCAGGCAAUCAUGGCAGUCAAACAGGAGCAGGAGCAUAUGGCGGUUCGGGAGAAGAUCCAUCAGUCCAUCAACGAGGACAUAAACCGGAGGGUGGUCGUGUGGUCCUUCUUCGAGGCUACCAUCCUGCUAAUCAUGACCUUGUGUCAGUUUUACUACCUGAGGAGCUUUUUCAAAGUCCGAAGAACAGAAUAUCAAGGGGACAGCAUGGCUUGACAGUGAAUCACAUAGACUCUGGAGUAAGACUUUUUUUAUCUUGUUUGGAAAAUUACUCCUUGGUUUCUGAAGAUGAAUUUUGAAUCAAAACAUCUGUGUGCAGUUGUGGGAUUGAUUCAAGGAUCAUUUUUGGAGCUAAUAUUAUAUUGCUUUCUUUAAAAAUAUUUUAAAGAGGGUAUCAAAAGCAAUAGAUUUUGUAAUAUCAAUCUGAGAUUUAUUACCUGUUUUCAUAUUCUAAAUAAAAAAUUUUUGAGCUUCAA